AAGCUGAAUAUAAUCUUGGCAGAGCUUUUCAUCAUAUAGGUUUAACCCAUUUGGCAAUACCCCAUUAUGAAAGUGCUCUUAAAUUACCUUCUUUAUUGCAAGUUCUUAAACAGCAAACAGAAGAGGAAGAUGAUGAUCAAACAGAUCUUAAAAAGGAAACAGCGUAUAAUUUGUCACUUAUAUAUAAUGAGAGCGGAUCUCCCGGAUUGGCUGCAUUAUUAUUAAAAAAAUAUU